AUGCCCAGUCACGCGCCUGGAAUCCUGACAUUUUGUAACAGCGUUUUGGUAAUCACAACCCUCCUUUUAACCCCCCACCCCUUUACCACUCCUCCUCUUACUUCCCCACUUCAUUCUCCUCUAUCUAUCAUCCUUACCACUCGACAUCGCCGACCUCCUCUUCUUUACCUAAGGAAAAGUGAAGAUAUUGCUCCUAGCUGGAACUGCGCAAAUUAUCCAUUAUCUUGUGUCUCUCCUCUUCUUUCUCCUUUUGCUUGUAUCUUCCCAUUCUAUCCCUUAUCCUUUCCCAUGCAACUAAGAUUAUUCAUAAUCUCAUGCCUUUUCUCUUUUCUCUCCCUUUUGCCUCAUCAUUUUUCUCCGUCGCCUUUCAAUUUACUUUUUUUCUUUCUUUGUUUUCAUAUUUCUUACUCUUUCUUUUUUCUUUAUCUUCUCUUUAGCUUUUCUAUUCUGGAUUAUCCUUCUUUCUUUCUUUCUUUCUUUCUUUCUUUCUUUCUUUCUUUUCGUAUUUCUUACUCUUUCCUUUUUCUUUAUCCUCUUUAUCUAUGUGGGAUUCCCCUUCUUUCUUUCUUUCUUUCUUUCUUUCUUUCUUUUAUAUUUCUUUUCUUAUUUCUUACUCUUUCCUUUUUCUUUAUCCUCUUUAUCUAUUUUGGAUCCCCCUUCUUUCCAUUCUACACUAUACUUACUCUCUUCUUGCUUUGUUUCCGUUCAAUAUUAACACAUGUACUUGUCUCAAUUUCCUUCUUUCUUUCUUUCCUUCUUUCUUUUCCACUUUUAACUUCUUUUCGGUUUUUUCCCUGCUUUUUUUUGUUUUCCUUUCUCUCUCUCUCCCCUCUCUUCUAUCUAUCUUUCUAUCUCUUUAAUACACCCUCUCUUCUCCCCGUCUCUCGUCCUUUUCUCUUCUCUUUUCGUUUUCUUUCUCUUUUUCUUUCUUUUCUCAUCUAUUCUUAA